AUGCUGUGUCACCUAAGAAUCUGCAUGAUUUUAAGGUUGCAAGCGCAUCUGCAUGGAAAAACACUGGCACAGGAGAAUGUUGUACCGAAUUUGAUGCCCGGCGCUAACGGAAUUGAGAGCGUUUCAGUGCAACAGAAUAAUGCUGUGUCACCUAAGAAUCUGCAUGAUUUUAAGUUAAGCGGCAGUUGCGAAAUCGCAAAUAGGCAGGGAAAUAUCUAUUUCUGCUUUGAUCGGCUAUUGUUUCGAUGUCUUGUUCUCGGUUUUUAUGCAGUUUACAGCUUUCUCGAGUCUGAGUUAGUACUGGAACGGAAUAAUGAAGCGAAUGUUCUUGCACCACCACCACCGCAGCAGCAGCAGCAGCAAUUAGCGAAGCCCAUAAAUGAAAGCAAAUUUGGUGAAGCAAAUGCACUGGCAACGAAACAACGCGAAUCGUCAAAAUUGGAAGAUAUUUUGGGUGUCAAGAAAGUUUCGAAUUCUGCGCUGGAUAAGCGUCUGAGUGGUCUUGGUCAUGUUGAUGCGGGCAAGGAAAACGCUGAUGGAAAAGAGGUGGUUGGUGGAGAAUACAAUGAUGCUCAAAGUGCAGAGUCUGAGUUAGCACUGGAACGUAAUAAUGAAGCGAAUGUUCUUGCACCACCACCACCGCAGCAGCAGCAGCAAUUAGCGAAGCCUAUAAAUGAAAGCAAAUUUGGUGAAGCAAAUGCACUGGCAACGAAACAACGCGAAUCGUCAAAAUUGGAAGAUAUUUUGGGUGUCAAGAAAGUUUCGAACCCUGCGCUGGAUAAGCGUCUGAGUGGUCUUGGUAAUGUUGAUGCGGGCAAGGAAAACGCUAAUGGAAAAGUGGUGGUUGGUGGAGAAUACAAUGAUGCUCAAAGUGCAGAAGGUCAGAAGAAACAGCAGCAGCAGCAGGCCGGUGAAGAAGCAAAUCUCUGA